GUGCCUGUCACUUUCUUCUACUCUAUCUUCCAAAUUCCUCCGUGACCAAGUCAAAUAUAAGAAAUAUAAUACAGUAUUUGGUUGAAUACACAAGUAAACCACAAUUAGUUUGCAAUUCUUCAAACAUCAACUCCUAACAAUGUGUCCAAGUCAAGUAUUCUUCAUCUCUCUACUUCUUCUUCUUUUGUUCGUCAUCAACUCCAGUAGAGCUGAUAAUACUACGCCAUUUGGUUAUUGCCCUUCAUCUUUUUGCGAUAAUGGACUCAAUAUUUCAUAUCCUUUUUGGAGACUUGACAACUACCACUCCACCUCUCCACAAUACUGUGGUUAUCCAGGAUUUGGGAUCAAUUGCUCUCAAUUGAAUUCAAUUCUGUACAUUUCUGAUGACUCUUUCAAUGUUACGAAGAUUGAUUACAAUAACCUCUCCCUUACCCUGGUGGAUAUUGAUGGUGUUGAUCACAGAGGAUGCCCGAGAGUACAUCAUAACCUUACUCUGGAUGACGACUUUCCAUUGGAAUAUUCGAAGCUUGAUUUAUACCUUAAUUUCUACUACAACUGUACCGUUUCCCUUCCAGAUUCUGCUGAUCGGUUAGAUUGCUUAACAUCAAGAGGAAACUAUUCAUAUUUUUAUGUUGGGGAUCAUGAGCCGGAAGAUUUGAAGUGGUAUGGAAUUUGUGAGAAGAAAGUGGUGGUGCCGGUGAUGGAGGAUGGGUUGAUGAGAGGAGUUGGUGCGGCGAUUGGUGAGGGAUUCGUACUAGACUGGCAGAUCGCAAAGGAGUGCGGAAAGUGUGAGGCAUCAGAAGGGCGUUGCGGUUACGACAAUUCAAAACACGAGUCGUUGUGCUUCUGCAAUGAUGGCACCAUAAAGUUUGAUACCUGCGAAUCCCAAGGAAGAAACAGACCCGGAAUGAAGAUUGUAAUAGGAUUCAUAGCCGCAAUAGGGACUGCAAUAGUUUUAGCCUGCGUUUUGACUUGCUGCUUCCGAUCAAGGAAAAAAAAUAAAAUUUCAAAAAGAGAAGAUCAUAAUGUAGAGGCCUUCCAGAGGCAGUAUGGAUCCCUAGCAUCAACGGCGUAUAGCUAUUCAGACAUCAAGAAAAUGACAAAUUCCUUUAAGGAGAAACUUGGAGAAGGAGGUUACGGAGGGGUCUACAAAGGUAACCUUAAUGGUCAUCCUGUUGCUGUGAAGAUCUUAAAAGAAACAAAGGGGAAUGGAGAAGAAUUCAUUAACGAAGUUGCAAGCAUCAGUCGAACUUCUCAUGUCAACAUUGUUACUCUGUUGGGAUUCUGUUUGAAUCGUAAGGAGAAAGCUCUUAUUUAUGAAUUCAUGCCAAAUGGAUCUCUUGAUAAACACAUAUACAACCAAGAUUCUAACAUGGGAUGGGAAAUGUUAUACAAAAUUGCACUUGGGAUAGCUCGAGGAUUGGAAUAUUUGCAUAGAGGAUGCAACUCCCGAAUUUUGCAUUUUGACAUAAAACCUCACAACAUUCUUCUGGAUGAGGACUUUUGUCCUAAGAUAUCUGAUUUCGGUUUAGCAAAACUAUCUACUCGAAAAGAGAGCAUAAUGUCCACACUAGAACCCCGAGGAACCAUUGGUUACAUAGCUCCAGAGGUGUUCAGUAGAAACUUUGGAGGAGUGUCCCACAAAUCUGAUGUUUACAGCUACGGAAUGAUGGUUCUUGAAAUGGUUGGCGGAAGAAAGAACUACAGUGCUGAAAGAAGCCAUAAUAGUGAAAUAUACUUUCCGCGUUGGGCUUAUCAACGAAUUUUGUUAGAUGAAGAACUAAUUAUAAGAGAUACGAUGACAAAUGAAGAAGAGGAGAUUGCAAAGAAAAUGAUAUUAGUUGGCUUGUGGUGCAUCCAAACAGAUCCCCUGCAAAGGCCAGCCAUUGGUAAGGUAAUUGAAAUGUUAGAAGGUAGCUUAGAGGCCAUGCAAAUGCCACCAAAACCUUUCAUAUGUUCUCCUUCACGAUCAGAAGGAUCGACAUUGGAGCGACCAACAAAGCCACUCUUAUUUUCUACUUUGAGUUCGACGCUCGAGUCUACAGACUCAACAAUUGUACAAUUUGAAGAGUAAGUUUGUGGACAAUAUUGGGUUAUAACAUAUAUAUAUAUAUAAGAGUAAUAUUCAUGACCAAAGAUUAACAGAA